AUGUCUCUCAAAUCUAAUUCAUGGUUAACUGCGAGAAUUAAGAAAUCUGCAGGUACUCUUAGAAAUCUGGGUUGGCAUUCAAUGCAUAAUGCAGCAUUAAAGCCAUAUCUUAGAUGUAGUAAGUCAGAAGUUCCCACAAAUGAAAAGACAAUGUUUUUGUACCCAGUUCCGCAUUCAGAAGUGAGAAAAGCAAUUAAUAAGCUGAAAAAUAAAAUGUCCUGUGGAUGUGGUGGUAUUCCUGAUAAGGUCAUAAAACAUAGAGCAAACAAAAUAAUAACUGAACUAGUUGAUAUUAUUAAUACAUCAUUUAAAACUGGUGAAUUCCCUUCUGCACUUAAAAAAUCAAUAAUAAAGCCACUUUAUAAAAAAGACUAUCCAUAUACCAUACAAAAUUAUAGACAAUUGUCACAACUGUCAGGUUUUUCUGAAUUAAUUGAGAGACUGUUGAGUUUCCUAAACAAAUGCAAAGUUCUAACCAAUGCACAGAAUGGGUUCAGGAAAAACAGGUCUACAGAAACAGCUGUGGGAUAUAGUGCAGAUGACAUACAACAUGACACGCCACAGAAUAAUAUUAUGUUAUUGCUCAAAUGCACACAACAAGAAAGCACAUGUGACUGA